AUGUGUGGAGGACGCUGUAAAUGUUGUCAGCAAUCACCUGCUUGCAAAAACGUUAUUGAAAAUAUAUCCUGUUUAACAUGUAAACGGACAUUUAAAGGUUUAAGAUGUUUUGAAAAUCAUGUAACUAAAAAUAUUUGUAUAAAUUUGCGUAAAUGCUUAACAUGCUUUAAGAAUUAUUCUACUAAAUAUGGAACACAUAAAUGCAACACAAAAGUAUGCAAGAAUUGCCUAAAACAAGUAGAACAAAAUCAUGUUUGCUACAUUACAGUUAACAAACAAAAACCUAACAUAGAUAAUUUUGUUAAUUUAAAGAAAGGAUAUUUUCCUCACUUAUUCAAUACAGAAAAAAACAAAGAAUACGUUGGACCAUUACCACCACAUGAAUACUACAAUCCAAACUUAAUGUCAAAACCAGAACGAUUAAUUUUCUUUAAAUGGUACGAUGAAAAUAAAAAUACCGAAUUUAACAUGCGAAAGGAGAUUGUAGAAUACUGUAAAAACGACGUAAUUAUUUUAACGAAAGCUUGUUUAAAGUUUAGAAAUAUUAUGCUAAAAGAUAACAAUGUAUGUCCGUUUACUGAGGCUACAACCAUUGCAUCAACUUGCAAUUUGAUUUUUCGACGGAACUUUCUUAAAGCUGAAACAAUAGGACUAAUACCAAAAAAUGGAUAUAGAUUUACAGAUAUCCAAUCAAAAAUAGCUUUACAAUGGUUAAUUUGGGAAGAAGACCAGCGAAAAAUUAAUAUCCAACAUGCCGGUAAACAAAAAGAAGCUAUCAUAAAUAAUUUAAAAGUAGAUGGAUUUUGUGAAGAGACCAAUCAAGUUUUUGAAUUUCAUGGAUGCUACUAUCAUGGACAUCCAAAAGAACAAUUGAUUGAUAACCCAGAUAUGUUUUAUUUAAACGAUCAUCCUAUUUUAAUAAAUCUUAAACUUGAUCCUCGGGACUCUUUCUUUGGUGGACGAACUGAAAAUAUAGUUACUUACUACAAAGCUAUGGAAAAUGAAAAAAUUAAAUAUAUUGACGUUUGUUCUCUUUAUCCUUAUGUUUGUAAAUAUGGUAAAUUUCCCAUCGGACACCCAGAGUUUAUUGUUGGAAACGAUGAAUGCAUGAAACAAAAUUUGAAAACUACAGACGGAUUAAUAAAGUGCUCCAUUCUUCCUCCAACAGACUUAUUUAUCCCAGUACUUCCAAUAAAACAAAACAAUAAACUAAUCUUUACUCUUUGCUUUACAUGUAGUGAAGAAAAAAAUAUGGACGAUUGUACACAUGCUGACAACAAAAGGACAUUGAAUGGUACUUGGGUUAUAGAUGAAGUGGUGAAAGCUUUAACAAAGGGAUACAAAAUAAUAGAAAUUCACGAGAUUUGGAAAUAUUCAGUCCAGCAAUAUGAUAAAACUUCAUCUAAACCUGGGUUAUUUACUGAUAUAAUGGAUAAAUUUUUAAAAAUAAAACAAGAAUCAUCAGACUGGCCUAAAACGUGUGUUAAUAAAGAAUUGAAACAGCAAUACAUAGAAGACUUCUUCGAAAGGGAAAACAUAAAAUUAGACGAAAAUAAAAUAUGUGCAAAUCCUGGAAAAAGAUCAGUUGCAAAACUUAUAUUAAAUUCAUUUUGGGGUAAAUUUGGACAAAAAGAAAACCAAACACAGACAGAAAUAAUUAAGACUCCAGCUAAUUUUUAUACACUAAUGACUGAUCCAAACAAGGAAGUUCAUCAUAUAUUGAUUAUAAACGAUGAGACUUUGGUUGUUAAUUGGAAGUUUAAGCAUGAUGAAUAA